CGAGUUAAAAAAAGUGAUAUUAGGGUAAUUAUCUCUAUAAAUAAUCCCUACAUUUUGCUCACGAUACGGACGUAGCUAUAGACUGUACAACAAAGAAGAAGAAAACAACGUCAGAAUAGAUCAGAUACGAUGCCGCCGUUGCUCCUCUUCUUCUUCUUUUUCAUACUCUCCCUUUCGUGUCCAUUGACUUUGUCUCACCCCCGAGGGUCCGGUCAACUGCGAGCUCUUGACCACCUCUUCAAGGCCAAACGGAGCAGCAACUCCGCCGUCGACCGCACCCCUUUCGCUGUCGAUGACAGUGAUGCCCAUCCUGAACUCGACGGUGACGGCAGACCAAUGAACAUCCUCGCUCAGGAUGGGUUGAAGGAGAAGGAUAGGAUCGAACGGCUUCCCGGGCAACCGCCGGUCCGGUUCAACCAGUACGGCGGCUAUGUUACGGUCGAUAAGGCUGCCGGCCGGGCCCUCUACUAUUACUUCGUUGAGGCGUACAAGCAGGAGGAAGCGUCCUCGCGGCCUCUCCUUCUUUGGCUAAACGGAGGGCCUGGCUGUUCUUCUCUCGCGUAUGGAGCAAUGCAAGAGUUGGGCCCAUUCAGAGUCCUCAGCGAUGGAAAAACACUUCACGAAAACAAAUUUGCAUGGAAUCGGGCUGCAAAUGUGUUAUUCUUGGAGUCUCCUGCUGGGGUGGGAUUUUCUUACUCCAACACAACAUCCGAUUUUAAGAAAGGGGGAGACAAAAAUACUGCCAAGGAUAAUUACAUAUUCUUGUUGAAUUGGCUAGAAAGGUUCCCGGAGUACAAAGACAGAGAUUUCUAUAUCUCCGGUGAGAGCUAUGCUGGGCACUAUGUGCCGCAAUUGGCACACACUAUUCUCAAUCACAACAUUCAAGCUAACAAGACCAUUGUCAACCUCAAAGGAAUCAUGAUUGGAAAUGCAGUGCUGCACGACGAGGCAGACGAGAUGGGGAUGUACGAAUACUUUGCGAGCCAUGCAAUAAUCUCCGAUGAAACACUGGAACAAAUAGUGAAACACUGCAACUUUUCAGAGAGUUAUGGGGAUCGAAACCAAACAAAGGAGUGCCACGUGGCUGAGUCGAGGGUGGAUCGCAAUGUGGAGCAUAUUGAUAUUUACAACAUAUAUGGCCCAUUGUGCACUAAUACCAAUCUCACCAACAUCCCCGACAAGGCCUCAUAUUUAGUAUCAGAUCCAUGCAGUGAUUACUACGUGUAUGCGUACAUGAAUCGGCCUGAUGUUCAGAAGGCCUUGCAUGCCAAUGUCACCAACAUGCAAUACGAUUGGGAACCCUGCAGUGACGUCCUCAAACAUUGGGAGGACAGUGCCUACACAGUUAUUCCUUUGAUAGAGGAGUUGAUGACCCAUGGAGUUCGGGUUUGGAUAUUUAGUGGAGACACAGAUGGAAGGGUACCCGUGACAUCAACGAAGAAAGCACUAAAGAAGAUGGAGUUGACAGUGAAGGAUGAAUGGUAUGCGUGGAUGAUGAGAGGGCGGGAAGUGGGGGGAUAUGUCCAGGUUUAUCACCACAACUUGACAUUUGCCACCGUGAGAGGAGCUGGACAUCAAGUCCCCAGUUUCCAGCCUGCAAGAGCCCUCUCCCUCCUUGCUCAUUUCCUUGUCGAGCAUCCUCUUCCAUCUGCCUAGUUCCAUAUAUUAACUUUAUACUUUUUAACAAUUGUCUCACUUAUGCAACCACGAACCUCUCAACUCUUCUUCAAUCUAUUAUCAUUGCAGGUUCAUUUAAUUUCAUUCUUUUUAUUCAUUUAGAGGAUCUAUGAAGGGUAAAUUUGCACCCCUUCUUUGUUUGUUAUAUUUACUUACUUUCCUCCCACUUCAAACAUUUCUAAUGUGUAUUGGUUGAGAGGCUCACUCAAAUACUACACUAAAGACCUAAGCUAAAGUCCAAUAA